AUGAGAAAUUUUCUUUUUCAAGUUAAAGACUUUUACAUUUAGCAAUUUCUCACUGUCAAAGGAAUAUGGAGGAAAUCUCUUGAACUCUCAAUAGGGUUUUUAAUUGUUGAAAACAUCUAGUUGUUAUCCUUGAUUACUCAAACCAUACCUGUCCUUAAUAAAGCCGAAUAUUUAGACUUCAUCCAUUAUAUUUUGAAUAUAUUUCGAUUCUAUAGUGUCUUAGGAGAGUAUAUAGAGAUGCACAUUCUUUUCAUGUUAAUAGGAUUCAUACUGACCUUUUUAACCUUUAUCUGUUUAGUAAUAUUGAUCUUAAAUACUUCAGUUAGAAUAAAUUAAAAUGGAUAAAUAAUUGAGAUGACUCUUGAAAUUAACAGAUAAAAAGAAAUAGAGCAAAAUACUAUGAUCAAAUAAUUCAUUUCAGUUUACAUGCAAAUUUAUUACAUGCUAAUGAGAAUCCCUUUACUUUAUUCUCACUUUCACAUUUUGAAUUAUUAUCAAAAGACAAAUUCACUUAACUAGUUCUUGCUCUUUGGUGCUAGUAUUUCCAUGUUUUCAAUAGCACUUCAGUUGAUUUUCAGCUUAAUUAUUGAUUUACAUUGCUUUGAAUUUAAGAUGAAAAACCAAGAUUUCUUAGGAAGAUUUAAUUAAUAGAAAGUGCAUUUAGUAUUUGCAUUUUAAACAAUGAUAGUCAUAUUAAUAGGAUUGGAAGUAAACACCAUAACAGUUCAAGUCUUUUACCUGAUAUAUUUAUUGAUGAAUGUAAUUAUGAGUUAUCACUAACUUGUGUACGUAGAAGUCUAAAUUUCUUAAUUGCAACUUCAUAUCUCAAGCUAUUUGUUGAUAUACUAAAUAGCACUUUUGGUAGUUGAACUUAGUGAUGUGGUAGACAAGUUAAAUAUUUUGGGAUUCCUAUUGUUCUUCUAUCCCUUCAUAGCUUACAUUCUUAAAACUCUAACUGAAAGAUAGAAACUAUCCUAAUUAAAAUCUUCAGGAAAUUCUUUAGAAAAAUAAAUACGAUUUAUUUAUCAUUUAUUUAAAAAAUAGAUUAAACUAAAAAAAGAGUAGAGAUCCUUGGAUCCUAUGGAAUCAUUGUUUAUGUACUCGUUCAUAACAAAUCACUUGAGAUAUUGUUCAUAGAAUCGAGAAAGAAAAUUAUAAAAAUAGAUAAAAAUGAAAUUCAAGUGUUUUUGCGAAGAAUUUUCAGAAAAGGAAAACUUUUAAUUUAAUUCAAUAACCUAAAUGAAGAUGUUUGCUAAAGAAUUGAUAUCACAAACCUUAGAGGAUGAGAUUAUAGAAACUUCGAACACAUACUUAACUUUGAUUUACAUCUACUUUUUAGUUUAAGUUAAAAAAUUACCCACAUAAGCAAUAUACGAAGUGAUUAGAUUGUCGAUGCAAUCAUAAGGCAUGGCACUUAAGGAAUAAGCAAUUAUUUAUAAAUUAAAAUAUGAUGCUUUGGAAGAGUUUGAUCAAUUAGUUAAAAAGAAUGAUCUUAAAAAUUAGAAGUACAUUUUCAAAAGAGUCUAUCAAUACGAAGAAUCUCUGUCUAUUAUUAAAUAGAAUAUGUGCUUAAUUGCAAGAUAAUUUAAGGAAUGGUAUGGAUUGAUACUUACAUCCAUAAUUGAUAUUGAUUAAUUGGCAACCAUUGGAUUUGAGAUAUUAAGUAAUAUGAAAGCUGUUGAGUCUCAAUUACAGUAAGCAUUUACUAUAAACCCACUAUCGAAUGAAUGUGACACCAUCUAUAAUCUGUUCUCUAAAUAUAUAUAAUAUAACAAGAGUCGACCUAAACUAUACCGAUUGGAAGGAAAAUUGGUGACUUUUUUUAUGUAAUCAAUCGAAAAAACAAUAUUUGAUCCAGGCAGUUGUGUUAUUUAAAUUACCUUACUGUAACCCAGAGGAAAUGUCAUAAGAUACACAAGAUCAUUUUAGUAGGCAAUUGGGUUUAAGGAUGAAGAGAUUAAAGAUUAAAAUAUACACAGAUUCAUGCCUCAAAUAAUUGCUGAUGAUCACGAUAUGUAUUUAGAUAAUUUUGUAGAGAGAGGGAGAAUUAUAGUGGUAAGAUCAGAGGUUAGAGUGAUAUUGGGUAAGAAUAAGGGUUAAUUUUUGGUUCCUAUUAAUACUAGAUUGAGAAUUGAAACAAGUCCAACUGAGUUUGGUGCUACUGCUCUAAUUACACCUGUGAAUCUGACAUUUGGAUAUAUGAUUUUGAAUGAGAAAGGAUAAAUUGAAGAGAUUACUCAGAAUAUUUUUGAGGAGAUGUUUUAAAAGCAUUUGGGAAUAUCAGUUUAAUAAAUAAGAGGACUGGAUUGCUUAUUUUUUGUACCUGAAUUAGCUAAAAUUUGGGAAGAGAUUUACGAUUAAAAUUUUGAUAAAUUAGAUAGAAAGUUCGAAUGUUAAUUCAUCAUUCCAUUAAUUAAUUAAAACAAAAGCAUGUCGUAGUCAUAAUUAUCAAAAAGUUUAUCCAAAUUAUAUUUUUAAAAAUAAAUUUAUAAGAAUUUUGAAAAUUAGCCUACUGAAAAUGUUAUUUUUCUUGUUUAAUUACAUGUUAUGAGUUUGGUUACUAUCAAUUUGAGAUUAGUGAUUUUGGAAUUGUAAGAUUUUAGAUUGAUGCCCAAUUUAAAGAUUUCAAGUAAAUAAAUAAUAUAGUUAAGGGGGAGAACAUCAAAAUAAUUUAAUAUUUAAUAAUUUCAAAACUCUACUAGUUAUAGAGAGAAUGCAAGUUUAUUAAAUUCUCCUUGGGUAUUAGACUGUGAUUUAGAUCACGAUUUAUUGGAAGAGGAAGAGAGGAUGAUUUAUGAAGUGAAAAACUAAUUAGCUACAGUAAAUAUAACAAAUACAACUCAUCAUUAAUAAAUUUAACUAAUAUAAUAUGCCGAAGAUGAAAUUCAGAAUGAAAAUGAAAGUCUAUAGGAACAAAAAUAAAAUGUUCCCAAAGAAGGUUAACCUUCAAUCAAGAUUGAUGAAAAGAAGAAGAAUUAAAUGAAUAAAGUUGAUAACUAAAAUAAUAUGUCUAUAGGCAGUAGAUCAUCGUAAAACAACCAGUCAUAACUAAAACGGUAAAUGCGAGAUUGCUUGAGUGAAAAUUCAACUUUAAACAAAAAACAGGCAUUUGUGUUACUGGCAUUUUAUUUAUCGAUAAUAGGAUCUUAUAUUCUUAAUUGCUUACUUUUCUCUUCGAAUUACCAGAAGAUUUAAUAAAAUCAAUCUAGUCAGAAUCUGCCCUAUUAAUUAUCUUAUUUUUAUAAUGAAUUUGUGAUUUCUUCUUACUAUUUGAAAUAUAGUUUACUAUUUCCAUUUUCAGAUUUGCAAUAAAUUAGUUUAGAUUUCUAUUAGAGUGAAAUAAAAAAUAUUGAUGAUGCUUUGAAGAAUAUUCCCGAAAUAGAAGAAGUCAAUGUCGAUAAUUCACUUAAUUAAUAAUCGAUUAACAUUAUUUAGCAGAUGAUGAUUCAGAAAAGUAAUUAAUUAAUUAAUUACAAUGCGUUCUUGAAUAAUACUAAGUACUUUGAGAACAUUGUUUAUACUCUCUAUAAAGCAGAUACAACUAGAAAUAUUACUAAUAUCCAAUAUAUAGUUAUAGCUGAAGAAAUAGUUCUAGUGUUAUUUAUUUGUUGGUAUGCAUACAAGUGCAUCAUACUUAUACAGAUGAAAUAAAAAGUAUACAAAUUGUUUUGCACAUUCACUACAGAUGUGAUACAAGAGCAGUACGUAACGUUUUCUUCUUUGCAUUCACUUAUGAACACAGUAAAAUUCAAAAAAGAAGAAACAAAUGAGGAAAAGUUUGAAUUGAUUAUGGGAUAAGCUUUUCAUAAAUAGACCAACAAUUCUAUUUUGGAGAAAUACUAGAAAGUAGGGAAAAGAAUUAAAUAAAAAAAAAAUAAUUCAACUCAAAUAAUCUUUUUCUUAUUUGUUUUGAUAAUGAUGAUAGUUUGUUCCAUAUAUUUUAUAGGAAGCAAUUUAUUGCAUUAAGCAACUAUAGAUAAGGUACUUAUCUAAUUCAAUGAUAAAAUUCUGUUUUAAUAGGCAUAUUACGAGAUUACUUUAGCAUUUGCUUAAUCCUCUGUUUUCAUUUAAACCAAAAUCACCAGUGAUAUCUUGGCAAUUUAAAAUAACACUGUUAAUGAAUUGAAUACUUUAAGAAAGAAGCUGUCGUUGUAUCAAUAGGAUUAAACUAUUUACAACAUUGUAACAAAAUCGGCUUGCAACAUUUUCAAUGAUUCACUAACAAGUAUUUAGUAAUAUGAUGAUUUGUUUUCAUAUGAGCAAUGCAUGAGCAUUCCCAUUUUAUAGGGAGGAUUAAGUGUGAUCUUUGCAGAUUUGUGUGAUUAACAAUUAAGAUUUUUGUAGGAUCUAGAAAAUAAUGCCUCUCAGGAAUAUCUGUAGUAGAAUUAUUAUUCUGCCAUAUCAUAAAUUGAACGUCUUUAUGAUUCUAUGGGGUUUUUUGUUAUUGUCUCAACCCUAACUAAUCAGAUUAAGUAAUCAGUGUAAGACAACAUCAAUUUAGAUAUAAUUUUGGUAGUGUUUUCUGCUGUAUUGAUGACUAUAUCAAUGAUAAUAAUGAUUAUAUCAAUGAGAAAUAUUCGAUCGCAUUAUUAAACAAGCAAAUAACUGCUAACCCUGGUUCCCUUGGAAAGGUUACUCGAAAAUGCUUAUAUUUUAAGCUUUAUUUAGUAAGAUAUUAAACUACAAAAUUGA